CGCUGUGCUGCUUGCUGACAGCCGGGGACAAGGAUAGAGGACGGGAGAGGAGCCUGAGUGCAGGUAGCUCUCACAGCAACAGCUUAAAGUGUAUAUCACUUGACUUGCCGAUCGAGAAAGAAAGAUAUAUUAAGAAUAGCAAUACCUAAGGGCUCCGAAUUGUGCCGUCCCGCAACUAUUCCACUCAAGAAAAAAAACAUCAUGAUGUCCCAAAUGAAAAGUACGACAGUGAGCCAUGUCCAAAGCCACACCAUGACCCAGGUAGAAGAAACGGUGCAUUACAACCACAACUAUGAGAGCGAGAUGGAAGAGUACAUGAUGCAGGAAGAAGAUUGGGAUAGAGACCUCCUGCUGGACCCUGCCUGGGAGAAGCAGCAGAGAAAGACUUUUACUGCUUGGUGCAAUUCACAUUUGCGGAAAGCUGGUACACAAAUUGAAAACAUUGAAGAUGACUUCAGAAAUGGACUCAAGCUUAUGCUGCUUUUGGAAGUUAUUUCAGGUGAGCGACUUCCAAAGCCAGAUCAAGGCAAGAUGCGAUUCCAUAAAAUUGCAAAUGUUAACAAAGCAUUGGAUUACAUUUCCAGCAAAGGAGUAAAGCUUGUAUCAAUUGGCGCUGAAGAAAUAGUGGAUGGGAAUGUGAAGAUGACUUUAGGUAUGAUUUGGACAAUCAUCCUCCGUUUUGCAAUUCAUGACAUAUCUGUGGAGGAAACCUCCGCUAAAGAAGGUUUGCUGCUAUGGUGCCAGAGAAAGACUGCUCCCUAUAAGAAUGUAAAUGUGCAGAACUUCCAUACAAGCUGGAAAGAUGGCCUUGCACUCUGCGCGCUCAUCCAUAGACAUCGUCCUGACCUUAUUGACUACUCCAAGCUACGAAAGGAUGAUGCCCUUUACAACCUGAAUCUUGCUUUGGACAUUGCAGAAAAAGAACUGGAUAUUCCCAAGAUGCUGGAUGCAGAAGAUAUUGUGAAUACACCCAAACCUGAUCAGAGGGCUCUUAUGACGUACGUUUCGUGUUUCUAUCAUGCUUUUGCUGGAGCAGAGCAGGCUGAGAUGGCAGCCAACAGGAUUUGCAAGAUACUGGCAGUGAAUCAAGAGAAUGAAAAGUCAAUGGCAGAGUAUGAGAGGCUGGCCAGUGAGUUGCUACAAUGGAUUAAGAAGACCAUCCCUUGGUUGGAAAAUCGAUCUUCUGAGAAGACUAUGCAAGCAAUGCAGCAGAAAUUGGAAGAUUUCCGAGACUACCGUCGUUUACACAAGCCUCCCAAAAUUCAGGAGAAGUGUCAGUUGGAAAUCAACUUCAACACUUUGCAGACCAAGCUGAGGAUCAGCAAUAGACCAGCCUUCAUGCCCUCUGAGGGAAAAAUGGUUUCAGACAUUGCAGGUGCUUGGCAACGCCUUGAACAGGCAGAAAAGGGAUAUGAAGAGUGGCUUCAGACAGAAAUAAGACGAUUGGAGCGAUUGGAUCAUCUGGCUGAAAAAUUCAGACAGAAAGCCACAACUUAUGAAAUGUGGUCACAUGGGAAAGACUAUACCUUGAUGCAGAAAGAUUAUGAAUCUGCCUCCUUGACUGAAGUGCGGGCUUUACUGAGAAAACAUGAGGCAUUUGAGAGUGACCUGGCUGCACACCAGGACCGAGUGGAGCAGAUUGCUGCCAUCGCGCAGGAACUGAAUGAAUUGGAUUAUCACAAUGCUGCUGAAAUAAAUGCAAGGUGCCAGAAAAUCUGUGAUCAGUGGGACAAUUUUGGAACACUCACACAGAAACGAAGAGAGGCUUUAGAGAGAGCCGAGAAAUUACAGGAAACCAUCGAUCAGCUCUUCUUGGAGUUUGCUAAAAGAGCUGCCCCAUUUAAAAACUGGAUGGAAGGAGCGAUGGAAGAUCUUCAAGACAUGUUUAUUGUUCACAGUAUUGAAGAAAUCCAGAGUCUGAUAGCAGCACAUGAACAGUUUAAAGCUACCUUACCAGAAGCAGACAGCGAGAAACAAGCCAUCCUGGGAAUCCUUAAUGAAGUACAGAAGAUUACUCAAUCCUAUAACAUCUCAUCCACUGUGUCAAAUCCUUAUAGCAUGAUAUCACGUGAUGAGAUCAUUGCCAAAUGGGACAAGGUGAAGCAAUUGGUUCCUCAGAGAGAUGCAGCCCUGCAAGAGGAGCUUGUACGGCAACAUGGUAAUGAACGUCUGCGUCGUCAGUUUGCCAGCCAGGCAAAUGUCAUUGGACCUUGGAUCCAGCGUAAGAUGGAGGAAAUAGCUCAAAAUUCUAUUGAAAUGACUGGAACCCUGGAAGAUCAGAUGAAUCAAUUGAAACAGUUGGAGGAGGUCAUCAUUAACUACAAACCCAAUGUUGACAAACUGGAAGGAGAUCACCAACUUAUUCAAGAGGCCCUAAUCUUUGAUAACAAGCACACCAAUUAUACGAUGGAGCAUAUCCGUGUUGGCUGGGAGAUGCUUCUUACUACAAUUGCCAGAUCCAUGAAUGAAAUUGAGACCCAGAUUUUAACUAGAGAUGCUAAAGGAAUCACCCAACAACAGAUGAAUGAAUUCAGAUCUUCAUUCAGCCAUUUUGAUAGGGUACAGUGUUUCUUUUAUCAAGUGGUUUUAUAUAAAUAUGUUCAACAUCUUUUCAAAGUAAAUAUUGAUUUUAUGAUGACAUCUGUCACUUUUGCAUCCCAUGAAAUAAUGUAUUAUCCAGGGUAUCUUACUGCUCCAUCACAGAAGUAAUGAUAGACAAACAGGAGAACUAAGUGAAAAUUCACCUCUCAUAACCUA